AGUCCGCGCGCGAGUGAGUGGCAUGGCCGGCUGCAGGCAAGAGACUACAAGUUCCAGGCGCCCCCGCGGCCGCCUUCGCACAGUCUCCGAGCCCCCUGCCCGGAGGAGGGGGCUACAUUGUGUCUAUUGUAGCUUUUGGCCGCCUCUUCGGGGGACCUUCUCGGGACGGUGAAAUCGGGCCUGAAAAGCAUGGCUGAUGAGCAGGAAAUCAUGUGCAAGCUGGAGAGCAUCAAAGAGAUCAGGAACAAGACCAUGCAGAUGGAGAAGAUCAAGGCCCGGCUGAAGGCAGAGUUCGAAGCCCUAGAGUCGGAGGAACGGCAUCUGAAGGAGUAUAAGCAAGAGAUGGAUCUCUUGCUACAGGAAAAGAUGGCCCACGUGGAGGAGCUUCGCCUGAUCCACGCCGACAUUAACGUGAUGGAGAACACCAUCAAACAGUCAGAGAAUGACCUCAACAAGUUGCUGGAGUCUACACGGCGGCUACAUGAUGAAUAUAAGCCCUUAAAGGAACAUGUAGAUGCUCUCCGCAUGACCCUGGGCCUGCAGAGGCUUCCAGACCUGUGUGAAGAAGAGGAGAAACUAUCCCUGGAUUACUUCGAGAAGCAGAAGGCGGAGUGGCAGACGGAGCCUCAGGAGCCACCCAUCCCUGAGUCCCUUGCUGCUGCUGCUGCCGCAGCCCAACAGCUACAAGUGGCUAGGAAACAAGACACCCGGCAGACGGCCACAUUCAGACAACAACCCCCACCCAUGAAGGCCUGCCUGUCGUGUCAUCAGCAAAUUCACCGCAAUGCCCCCAUCUGCCCCCUGUGCAAAGCCAAGAGCCGUUCCCGGAACCCCAAGAAGCCAAAGCGGAAACAGGAUGAAUGAAAAGAAGAUCAGCAUCACGGAGCUCCCCUGCUCAGAGAGCCCCUUCCCCUUGGCCAGAGUGAUUGAAGUCCAGGCGUGAGCGUUCCUCCCCUUCUCCUUCCAUCCCUCCCUUCUACCCUCUUCCCUUCUCAUCUUGUAUUUAGUGGGACGGAAGCACAACUCUUCUCUUAUGAUCUUAUUCCUUCCAGCCCUUGGGAUUCGAGGUUAGGAAGGCAAAGGUUUCAGGUACUAAGGCCCAUGUGUCUGACAGCUUCUCCACCCCUGAUUGCUGCCCCUCCCUUCCCCCUCCCCACUUCAGGAUAUCAGGUGGUGGCAGAAGGCAUCCAGGGGCCUGAUGGGCUAACAUCCCUACCAGUGGUGGAUAAUGGUGGGGUAAGUUUCUGGUUACUCACUGGGGCCACAUGGCCCAAAUGGAUCUUGUGCUCAUGGAAUUCUGGGAUCAAGGAGGCCAAUUGUUCCAGAUUGAGGUUGGGGGGGGGGAGUGCCACUUCUCAAUGAUGGCUGCAUCAGAAGGGCCUUUGAGUCAUUCUUUCCAUUUGUCCCUUUAGAAUUUGGGGAGCGAAAAGUCUAUUUCCUCCCUCCCUCUAGUAAGGGCAUUGUUUCUCUGGCUUGGUAGAGGUCACCUCUGGCAUAUAGGUGCCAGGCAUGUGCCACCAUUUGGUUCCCUAACCGCUCAGAAUGGCUGCCUUUUCAUUAUUCUAAUUCUACCCCCACCCUCCACCUUCCAGUCUUAAGGAUGCUGCUGUCUUGAAGGCUGUCGAAUCAGUUCAGAUAACCUGACCUAUUUUACUUUCAGAACCAGGCCAAUAGGGUGGUCUUCCCUCUCAUUUCUCUGCUUCCCAGGGGCCUAGAUGCUGACAUAGAAGAAUGUGGCUGGCCCAUUCUUCCUUUCCCUCUCUUCCCCUCUAAUGGGACUAUUAAGUCCUCUCCACUUACCCAGGCCCCCAAACCCUCUUAAAGAAACUAAUGCAAAAACCCAUUUUCCUAGGUACCCGCUUCUCCUGGCUGAGUGGCUAUUUGCAACUCUGUCCUCCCUGGGAAGGAGCACUAACAUUUGUCAGCCUGUUAGCUUUGAAGAACUAAUCCCCUUACAUUUGAUCAAUGGUGCUUUUCAUGGGGCUUGAGGGCAUGGGAGUUGGUGGGUAAGUCCCUAUCUCAUAUUUCCAUGGACCUGGCCCUCCUCUUCAUUUCGGAGCCGUGCUGUUUCAUGUGUUGUCAUCGCUGUGAGUCCGGCCACCCCUCUCUUAAGGCCCCAACUCCUCUUCCCCCAUACACUUGGGUCAGUAGGAAAUAUGGGAGUGGGAGGACCCUCAGAGAUGGCCCUUUUCCUUUAAGGAAAUCCCAUCCCAUUAGCCACAUUGGAGCCUACCCAUCCUCAAGGGCCCCUUCCCUGGGGGCCAUGAGCACACCUCUCCCUAACUUGCCAUCCCCUCCUUUAAGUAGAAGAGAAAGCUCCUGGCUCCUCACUGCCACCCAGGUUGCUCUUACGGAGACCUAUCCUGGUGUUAAGGGAGUAGGCUUUGGCCAAGUUUGAAAAAGCUUCAACCCCGUGUCCCUGGCAGGGGGCAUUUUCCCCCUUGUUUAACAGUAGUUUUAGUGACUUGCCCCCAGGGGCUAUAUGUUAAUAACCCCAAGGCUCCUUUGCUUCUUGGACUUAUGUGUGUUAUUCCACUUGUCUAUACAAAUCCUAUUAAAUAAAUAUCAUUCCAGGUUCCCGUGA